CUGCAAAGUCAAAAUGGGCUAUAUUGUAAAACAUUGGAUUAAUUUAAGGUUAUAGUUAGGCAUUCGGGUUAGCAGUGUGGUUAAGGUUAGGGUUACGUUUAAAAUGUGAUUUUAUGACUUUGUGUCUGUGCCAGCUAGUGACCACUUUGCAGAGCUGCUUCCAGAACAACAUUCAUGACAAUAAACGCUAACCUGCGUGAAAAUAUGGGCACCUGCUUGUUGGCCUGCUUCGCUUCCUGCGCCACUUUGUUCCUUUGGUUUGUAUGUUUGUUUGAGUUUUUUAGUUGCAUGGUUUUUAAGUUAAAAGUAAAGAAGCAAUUGGUAUACAGACAUAAAGCGUUUUAACUGAAUUGUGAAGAGGAAUUGACAAUGUGUUAACUUGAUGACUGAAACGGUAACGAUUGAAAACCAAAAGAAACUGUCCUUUUUGUUGUCUGCCUUUGCGUCACUCUGCCUGCUCAAUCCAGGCCCUAGAACCGGGCACUUAUCCAUCUUGUCACAUCUCGGCCUAUAUACCAUUAUUAACAGUCCAUCAAUAAUUGGAUGGAUGGGUCUCCUACACUGUUGUCAUGGAAGACAACAGAAGCCAUGGAAAAGGGAGGGCGCAUCACUUUAAUUUUUGCAACGUCUACUUUCCAGAGGCGGGAGUGUGCUGUGACUCUCUGCAAAAUCCAAUCGCAACGCACAGACAUAUCAGCAUCCGACCACGGAAGGACCCACAUAUGUGUCAGCAAUCAUGAAGAGAACAUGUCUCGUUCCUACCUGUUCUUCCUCUCCUUAUGGAGCUCUGUUAUUGUGGUCGGACGCGGUUGUCCUGAACUAUGCAACUGCUCCGACAAAUACGGACGCCACUUCGCUGAAUGCUCCUACAAAGACUUGGUUGACAUCCCUGAAAGGUUGCCCCCCAACGUGACCACUCUGAGUCUCACUGCCAACAAAAUAUCUCUGGUGGAGUCGGGCAGCUUCGACAAUGUGACCCAAGUCACUUCCUUGUGGAUGGCCCAUAACGAGAUAGUCACCAUCGAACCGGGCACCCUGGCUCCCCUGGUCCAGCUGAGGAACUUUGACGUCAGUCACAACAAGAUGGUGCAUUUCCCUUGGGAGGAUCUCUGUCACCUCACAGCCCUGCAGCUGCUGAAGAUGGACCACAAUGAGAUGGUCAGUCUGCCUAAAGACUCCUUCUCUAACCUCAAGGACCUGAGGUCUCUCCGCCUCAACAACAACCGGUUCACCACUAUAACGCAGGGGACUUUCGACAACCUGAUCUCCCUGUCUCAUCUACAGCUCUAUAACAACCCAUUCACAUGCCACUGCAGGAUGGACUGGCUGAGGGACUGGAUUCUAAACGCCACCAUAUCGGUUCCAGAACAGAACUUGAUUGUCUGUGAAACUCCAGAGCAGUUGAGAGGAGCGGUGAUCGUGAAACUGUCUGAGUCAAAGUGCAUGGCCCCUAAUGUCAGCAUAACGGCUGAGCCUAACGUUGAGAAUACGACACUCUUUGAAGGCACAGUGUUGAUCCUGAACUGUGAGAUCAAAGGGAACCCAAAGCCAGAGGUUAUCUGGAAAAUCCACACAAACCGUCAAAGUGUAGAGUACCCUCUGUCCACCAAAGAUAAAGAAUCAGCAGAAUCCAAUGAAUCUAACGAGGAUUCUAGAACGACAGACAAUCCAUUCGAAAUGUUCCAUAACGGCACUCUAGUCAUACCGCGCCUUAGUAAAAAGGACAAUGGCAACUACAGCUGUACCGCCACCAAUGAGUUUGGUAAAGAUGAUGAUUCACUAUCAAUAGUAGUGGUAGUACCAAAACCACCACCACCUCAACCUGUUGGAAAAAAAAUCCCCUCAGUACUUCAACCUGGGAUCAAAACCUCCAUUAAUAACCAUUUUAAAUCAUUGAAUAUUCCCCAUUUGGAGGGAAAGUACAAUAUCUUCCCAACCCUUCCUCCCAUUGAAGUUGACACUGAGCGUACGGCGCAAGUGCCCAAAUAUCCAUCCCGUGCAACUAGCAAAUGUACCUUGACCAGUGAGACACAGUACAUCUCCAACCAGGCCUUCAAUUUAAGCCUGGAAGAUGUCAGGCAGUAUACCUUUGACUUUGGAGUCAUAGCCUUAGGGGUGUCAGAGACCGAGGCUAAAGUUAGACUCAAUCCUCUCCUCCUUCCUAAAGACGACACAGACAACCAUCUCAGCGCCUCAGAAGGGUUCCAUUCCAUCCACAACCAAUCAGAGGUAACCAGGAGAGCCCGGGCGGACUCAGGGCUGUAUCUGUGUGUCACCUCAGACCACAGACACUCAGCCAUCCAGUGGUCCAGGAUGGAAGAUGGCAUCAACACCUAUCUGUUCCAGGACCUACGCCCCGGCGCCAACUACUCCCUCUGUCUCACCUACAGAGGAGAGGACUGCGAGGUACAGGUCCUCUUCACCACCAGGAAGAGAGUUCCUAACCUGUUAAUCAUUAUAGUCGUCAGUAUCUGUCUCCUCACCGUCUCCACCGUGCCCCUGCUGGGGGCCACCUGCUUCCACCUGGUCUACAAAUAUAGGAACAAGACUUACAAGCUCAUCAUGAAGGCUAAAGACCACCAGCAUCACAUGGAGAGGAACCUAGUGGUCAACUUCAACCUGAGGAACUCGUACGCCGAGUCACAGACGCAGAUCACAGCCAGCGAGACUGGGGAGGGAGAGGACGGGGAGUCGGAGAGUGGGGGAGAGGAGGAGGACGUGGAGGGGAGUGGGGUGACCGAGUCGUUCACUCUGUCUCAGUACAGAGGGAAUCUGGAUGAGUGUGAGAUGGGGUCAGAGUUCAGCGAUAGGUUACCACUCGGGGCAGAAGCUGUUAAUAUCUCUGGGCAGUACAAAGAGCCACACCACUGAUCCUGUUGUUGUUGUUAGUAUUUGAUAGAUCGUCUUGACUAGACAGGUUCUAGUCAUCUUCAGUCAGGAUCACAUGUAAUGUAAGUCUCACAGUAACUGUUUAUCGAUCCAUGAGAGAAGAACCUGUGACCUGUCAUUUUUCAAAAUGGCUGCCGUAUCAAUGACCUGGAUACAGUGUAGAAAAAGUCAUAGGUGCUUCCGCUGUUGAAAGGAAAAGUAAAGAAGGUAGUUUAUGUACGCUGUGAAGAUUAUGUAAAAGAGAAAAAAAACGUCCCUGUAGUAAAAUAUUUAAGCCUAUUCUAAAAAUAGACCCCUCCGGUGUGCUCUUAACAGAGGCGUUUCCUGAGACUUGUGACAGUUAUUCGGUGUAGUCUGUCACAGGCAAGAAGGCAAAAAGCUUUGGGACUGUAUCUAAAAUGUCUCUUCUUUAAAGUAACAGAUGCACUUAUGAAUGUCUAUGUUAAUCUAUUGUAGGCUAUCAAUGCUAUUUUCUAUCUAGAGUGAAUGUCUAUGUUAAUCUAUUGUAGGCUAUCAAUGCUAUUUUCUAUCUAGAGUGAACGUCUAUGUUAAUCUAUUGUAGGCUAUCAAUGCUAUUUUCUAUCUAGAGUGAAUGUCUAUGUUAAUCUAUUGUAGGCUAUCAAUGCUAUUUUCUAUCUAGAGUGAAUGUCUAUGUUAAUCUAUUGUAGGCUAUCAAUGCUAUUUUCUAUCUAGAGUGAAUGUCUAUGUUAAUCUAUUGUAGGCUAUCAAUGCUAUUUUCUAUCUAGAGUGAAUGUCCGCUUCACUGUUGCCAACAAACCCUUAUUAAGCUGUGUGUCACAAGCUAUUGUUGUACGUCAUUUUACAGUGACCUUUAACCCGGUAUUGUGUCAAUAAUAUACAGUACCAGACAAAAGUUUGGACACAAAAACUCUUGAAAGAGUAGGUCUUUAUUUUUAU